AUGCUUCAGCUUUCUCAAGCUCCCCUCAUUGUCGGGCGUAAUCAGGAAUCUGUUUUAUCUGCGCUUAGGCAUUCGCUUAAUUUGCCAUACCAUAACAUUCCUGCCAACAUGACUUCCUCACCGGCUUCAGAUACAAUUUAUACGAUUGCUGCAGUCUCAACUGAUGCAUUGACUUCCAGAGUCUCUGUUGUCGGCGCCGGUGGAAUCACUAGUGGUGUAAAAGAAACUGACACUGAGUCAGAAUCUAUCCUCGCUGGUCGA